AUGUUUUAUGUUAAUUAUACUAACUAUAUUUCUUUCAUUUACUCUCAGGAGUUCCUGCGAUCUCCAUCAGUAUCAUAUUCAACCAUUAGUUCCCCUAAACAAACCGCAACGUCUCAUGAAACCAACUUAGAAAGUCAUAUUCAGCCGUCGAAAACAAUACCUUCCCCGUUACUUGAUUGUACUGUGUCCAGUUUAUUUCACAAGCAUAUAGAGGAUGAUGAAGAAUUAUCAUUUCAUGAGAAUAUAAUCGAACAUCCUACUUCCACUCAAACGAAUGAUAAUUUAUCCGUUCAGGAAUUACCAAAUUCUGUUCAUACUGAAGCUGCGCCACAUUCUCCUAAACUUUGUUAUACUGGAUAUACAUUAUCCAAUACUGACUGUUAUAAAUUAAAACAAAAUAUUAGAGCAGAGUUAUAAUUUUAAAGUGACUAAUUGAUAUGAUUCAUUUUUUUUAUAUCGCCAUCAUAGUAAAACCUUUUUUUGAUAAAAAAAAGUACUACCAUCUGAUGAAUAUUUUCAUUCAUUAACUGUGAUAAGUUUUAUUGUAAUAACCUUCUCCUAAAAAAUAUCCAAUCUUCUUUAUUGCUGUUGUGAUGUGAUGGGCAUUUCAAGGAGUUGAAAUAUUACAGAAAUGUACUUACAAACGAAGUGUUCAAUUCAAAAAAUGAUACUAUAGCUCGUUUCAUACAGUCCAUUUUCAAAUCAAAGUGAUUUUUUGUACAUUACAUCUAACAUACAUUCGUUUCGUAAUUUAAUCUGUAAACAAAUUUGAUCCCAUAAUUUUACUCUCAAAUGUUUAAUAAUCAUCUAUUUCAGUACGAAUUUGUAUCACACAGAAGUGAUAAAUGAUAUUGAUUGUUAAGUUUAUAAGUGACCAAGAUGUGCUUCACAUGAAAAUAAUAGAUUUCUAAAAG